CCUUCAGAAAAGGUCUGAGCUGACAGAGUAGAGAAUGAACCUCCAGCGCAGCCUCCUCCUCCUCCUCCUCGUGCUGCUGGUCAGUGGAAGCUCAGCCUAUGAAGAUGAAGAGCUCGGGGACUCUGUGCUAGUGCGAAAGAGCAGAACACUACAGAGCUCAGUGGAUGUUAUACGUUGCCUGAAUGGAGCUUUGACAGUCGGUUGUGGGGCCUUUGUCUGUCUGGAGAACACGACCUGUGACACCGACGGCCUCUAUGACAUCUGCAAGUCCUUCUUGUUCAACGCUGCUAAACUGGACACCCAGGGCAAGGUGUUUGUGAAGGAAAGCCUUAAGUGCAUAGUCAGUGGUAUAACCUCGAAGAUGUUCCUGAAUAUCAGAAGGUGUUCCAAUCUUCAGCGGAUGAUCGCUGCGGUACAAGAGGACUGUUACUCCAAGCUUGAGCUCUGUAGUAUUGCCCAAGACAACCUUGAGGCUAUCACCGAGGUGGUGAAUCUACCGCAGCUUUUUUCCAACAGAUAUUACAACAAACUCUUGGGUAGUCUUUUGAUGUGUGAUGAAGGGACAGUCAUUGCCGUCAAGAACAACCUGAUGGAUCAGAUUGGACCUAACCUAGCCAGCCUAUUUAAAACCCUUCAAGGAGACAAGUGUUCCCAAGUCCAACCCAAAAUAGACUUUAACCGCAAGAGAAAUGUUGACCCACAGAGACUUCGAGUGUAUUUCCGCAGUUUCAGAAAUGAAGACCUCUCUUCUACACAAGAAUCCUCAGAAGAUGACUAGCGGUGACAAAAGACAAGAAUGAUCCAGACCAGAAAACGUGUUAGAUGUAACCCAAAUAGACCACUCUUCGGUUCUUUUGUUGAGUAGAAUAACUAUUAGUUUUCCUUAGACGAUGGCCUCCUUUAGUUUAGAGAACUCUAAUCUAUUUAUUUUAUUUGUUAUCUAAACAUCAUGCAGGUCUCCAAAUCGAAAUUUACCCCUUUUAAAUAUCAGUCAAAGUUGGUGAUUCUUAGGAACAUACGACUCUUGAAGUUCUUUCAUGAUCAAUACGGCAAAGUUUAUUUCAAAACAGUUCAACAGAACAAGAAAAUCUGUUCAGCAAAGGUACAGGCACACAGGGCAUUGGCAAUAGAUUUUUAUACUUCCCCUCUUAUGCUAAUACACAAAUAAUCUUAUUAAACUUGGAUGCUACAAUGCUAAAAGCAGGUUUCACACAAGGAAUGGUUGUUUUCCAAGCUAAAACAAAAAUUAAACAAUAUUCUUGCUAACUGACAUACAGAAAUCUUUAUAAAACAAUUCAUCACAAUAUUGUCCCCUGAAGGUCACUUCAUUCAAAAAAAAUCCCAUUUUCUCUUCUGGACCUUCGACUGGGAGAGGAUGUGCAAAAAAGCCAGGAACAUGUAAGAUAAGAAAACACAAAUAUAAUUAUCCUUUAGCAUAAAGGUAAAAAAAAAAAAAGAACUUAUAGGGAACCAAAACCUAUAUCAGCAUGUAAUGUAAGAUAUUCCUGGAGGUUGCCUGCGACCCGGAUCAGUAUCCUGCGGAGCCGUCAGUAGACAGAAGUGAAGAGGAUCAAAGAAAGGCUCUGAUAUAAUGGGUUUACUGCUUGGCACACAUCGGGUUGUGGGUCGGCGAACAUGGACCUCGAUAUAAAAUAAUAAAUAUAAUGUUAAUUGUGAUAUCGGGACGUGUUUUUAGAGGGUUAAUCCUCUCAAAACCCAUUGUCCCAAUAUUACAAUAAACAUAAUUUUAUCAUUUUUAUUAUUUUAUAAUGUGCUCCGUGUUUGCUUACUCCCACAACUCUACGUGUGCCAAGCAGUAAACCCAUUAUAUCAGAGCCCUUCUUGGAUACUCUUCACUUCCAUAGUAUAAAGGUAGCCAUACACCUUCCAUAGCUGUCGUCCAACAGCUAGCUUUCCCAAUCUUCCCAUACACAUGAACACUUGGCUUAGCCAAAUGUGGCCAAAAAUUGGAAUAAGCUUUGACUAGGUCUUUUUAAUAUACUUAACAAUUUGUCAUAGUCUUAUGUAUACCCUGCUAGUUUUCCUUAGUCCAUAAUGACAACAUUCAAUGGCCGGCAUUUAUUAUUGUAGGUGUAAGUGAAGCAUUUUUCUACACCUUUUUGUGUGUGCUGGUAAUGUGUAGGAACACCAAAUUUAUUAAAUGGUCACAGAGCAUUUGAUAAAUUUUGUGCAGGUCACAUUUUCUGAAAUUUUACUCUUCACAUACACCAAAAAGCUAAUCUAAGUCUGGGCUGGUGUAAUUUUAAAGACUUUUCAGUAACUUUGCGCCUUUUUGCGCCUUUUCACAAAAAGGCGCAGUUCAUAAAACCCUUCCAUAUCAUGUGUAUUGGCAAAAUCAGUGGAUUGCAACUCAAAAUCAGCAGAAAUGUGUAAACCAAAACGUGAAAAAAUGGCGCAAAUAAACCCUGCUUGCGCCUUUUUUGCGCCUUUUCUAGACACAAAAAACAGUCUAAAGACAAUGAUAAAUGUCGGCCAAUGUGUCUAUACCAGUGACAUUUCAUUACAUGUCAAGAAAAACAAGGUCCAGCAGGGGGUACAGGAGACCAGCAGCCUUAUUAAAGGUUAUGCACAUUCAUAUUCACUGGAAACCACCAAUGGUAACAACCAAUGUGGCUGACAUAGAUUCCUAGAGACGUAUGUUCUGUUAGGGGGAACACUCUCUGGGUCCACUCUAUGUCAUGCACUUAUUGUUUUGGCACUUAUUUCUCAACCACAUCCUUGAGUUGCAGUAAUGGUGAUGAGUUGUCAACCUGUUUAUUCCUAUAAAAAAUAUAUUUUAUUUACUUUAGUAUGGGGACAUGUGCAAAAAUUAUUCCCAUAUAAUUAGCCAAAUGGGUUUUUCAGACUAUAAUAUUGAUUAUGUAUCCUUAGUAUAGGCCAUCUAGAUCGAAGGGGGUUCUGAUUCUCUGUAACCUUAGACAUUCAUUGUUUACCACUUUGUACUUUAAAGGGUACCUCUCAUCAAAAAAACUUUUGAUAUAUUAUAGAUUAAUGUAUGCAGAAUAACUUUACAAUUGCAUGUUAUUAAAAAGUAUGCUUCUUUCUAUUUAAUUUUCCACUUUGAAGAAAUGACCACUAGGGGUCUCCCUACCAGUCCUGGCAGCAAGCAUUUCAGACUCAUGCUGGAGUCCUAAACACUACGAGCUGCCAGUCUGCUUAGUUCACAAAGGAGAACACUCAGAGCUGCCAGCCUGCUUUGUUCACAG